AUGCACCAAUAUUCGUGGUGGAGCUUCCCUUAUAAUAAAACAAAACAAUAUAUUAAUUUUGAAGAUAAUAUUCACUCGGUCGCCGAAGUUUCAGAAGUUAACUCUGACCCACCUCGAGUAAUGUCGAGCUACGGCACUUCUCCAAAAAGUGACUUUGCAAUCACAAGUGAAACUGCUUCUGAUAUUUCUGGUGUGUCAAAUUAUACCGACACUACCUCUAAUACUAUUUUAAUACAAGAUCAAAAUAGUAACCAUUUGGAAAACAUCGAGGAACAAAAAAUUUUUCUCUCUAACACACCAGUCACUGACAAUAAUUCCUUGAUUAAAGAUGAACAUGUAGAAAUGAAACAGAAACGUAAAAUUAAAAAAAUUAUAUAUCCAAACUCUAAAGAAGAGAUAAUAUUUGACUCAAAUAUCUUUGACUCUGAUAUGUUGUACGCUGAAAAACGAACUAUAUAUAUAGUCAAAAAAGAUCCUCAAAAAUCAUCUCAAAAUUCAUCUCAAAUUACUUCACCUAUUGCCAUAAACAUUAAAAUUGAUGAACCUAUAUUAGAAACUACUAAAUCAAAUAUCAUUUCUACUGUCGACAAAUCAUCAAAUUUGACUGAAGUGAAUGUUAAACCUGGUAUCGAUAAUUUGAAGAAUCCAACAACUAAUGAUGUGUCAUCUAUUUCGGAUAAAAGAAAUCCAUCUGAGAGGAUAAAAAAUCCCUCCUCUGAAACAAAACGACGGUCCUUAUUAUUUGAUUGGCUUUAUCCUUCUGAUCCAUUGGAAAGUGCGAGUGAAAAUGAUUUUACCAAGACAUCUGUUACUUCGUCGACUCAAAAUCUUUCUAAAUCUCUUCCAAAAAUUUCUAAAUCUACUCAAAAUCUUUCUAAAUCUCCUCCAAAACUUUCUAAAUCCCUUCCAAAAAUUUCUAAAUCCCCUCCAAAAAUUUCUGAAUCUCCUCCAAAAACUUAUGAUUCAUCUACUUCAACCACCAUUAACUCGUCUUCACCCUCGACUACUUCCACUCCUUUAAAUAAUGAUCUACCUCCGUCAUCACAAGGCUCCACCAAAACUGACACAUCUCAAAAGUCUGGUUCUUCGACUAAAAAGCCGAUUCCAUCUCGAAAUUCAUCUCAAAAUUCAAUUAUUAAGGACCCUCCAAAUCCAAUAGUACAAACUCUACCUGAAAAUAGUUCUUUUUGGAGACGUUUCUUUGAUUCUUCUAGUAAUUCGGGACUUUCUAAAAUAACUCAGAAAACUGAUGAUAAAUUAAUCACUUAUGGUGAAAUUAAUUCUCAAUCUGAAGGUCCUGAAAUGACUACUAUUAAUGAUACAAAUUCCUCAAAAGUAUCAAUUUCAAGUGAAACAGAUAAGAAAGUAUCUAAAGUUGCAAUUUCAAGCGAGGUAGAUAAGAAAUCAAAAGUUUCGAAUGAGAUAUAUAAAAAAUCAAAAGUUACAAGUGAAGUAGAUAAGAAAUCGAAAAUUUUAAUUUCAAGUGAUGUAGAUAAGAAAUCAUCAAGAGUUUUAGUAUCAAGUGAUGUAGAUAAGAAAGUAUCUACCUCUCCAAUAGUCUCGCCUAAACUAAAACCUUCAAUGGCUAAACCAGCUCCUAUAAGCAUCGUUUUACCAAAAUUUAAUGAUUUUGUUAUAAAUAAACCCGUGAAACAUCCCGAUUCUACUGCCCAAAAGGCGCUUCAUGCUAUAAACUCUUAUUUAUUUCCACCUGACAAACCUUGUGAUGGUGCUUUGAACAAGUGGUUAGAUGAGUUAACUCGAUCAACUAUUGAUGUUAAGAAAAUUGCUAUCAUUGGUGUUCAUGGUUGGUUUCCUGCAAAAUUAUUAAGAGUCGUCGUUGGUGAACCAACUGGAACUUCUCCAAAGUUUUGUGAUAUGAUGGCUAAAGCUGUAUUGGGUUAUUUAUCUAAACAUAAUAUUUCUUUACCAA